GCAAAACACAGCUGUCACUUGUGGAUACUAUUUUGAAGGUAUCACCAUGGAAAUUUUAAAGCAUCUAACCAUCUACUGUGCAGUUAGAAGAGCUUAAAUCGAAUAAUUUUGGGGGGAAAAACAAAAACAUUAACAUUUCGAAAACGAUUUGAACUUACCUGCCUUAUAAAAGUCUACAAUGAACAGGGAGAGAAGAAACAGCGUGGAAACCUACCAGAGGUCGGAAGCCAUGGCAAGCUUGAUUAACCAAAUCAUGUUCUUUAUGCUCUGCGACAGGUGGUUUUGUCCUGAAGAGAAACUGACCGGUCUGUAUGCCUUGCUCUUCUACAAUGUCAUAUGUUACUUAUUAAUGUACACUCAAAGACUUGUAUACCUGCAAGACAUCACACCAAUUGUUUUUGUGUCUGAGCAUUCCAACAUUCGACACCUUGCAAUGACAGCCACCAAAGUGAUGCUGGAAUUCACUAGAGCUGUUACUUUUGUUGUAACAGGCGUUUUUAUGCUUCUCGUAUUCGGUUUAGAACAAGGUUUGGAGCAUUUCAACCCAACAUGGUACUACAUCGGCAUAACAGCAAUAUAUUUCACAAUCACAGAGAGAACUUGUCAAGAAAAAAUUCCCUCUUUGCUGACGUAUUUAAACUGCGACAUGUUUGAAAGUCUGGAAAAUCUUUGGACACCGGUACUUGUUCGCCUGUGUUCGUCUAUUGCUUCUGGCCUCAUGAUUUUGCUGGUAUUCAUAUGUUCUCAUGAAAACUGGAUACUUCUUUCAGCAGCGAGUUUCAUAAAUGUUUACAUGACGAUUAGAGACAUUGACCAACAUUGGCAAGCAUUGAUGAAAGAAAAAUCCAGCAUACACAAAUUCAGAUUUGCUAGUGCACAAGAACUGAGUGAUAAUGACGACGUAUGUGCGAUCUGUCUGCAAGGUAUGUCUAGUGCACGAGUAACGCCUUGCCACCACAUAUUCCAUGGAGAUUGUCUUCGCAGAUGUCUCAGAGAAAGACCGACGUGUCCAAUGUGCAAAUAUGUGCUGGAGUAACCAUUUGGUAUAUUUCUCGGGAUACAGAAAAAAAGAAGAAAUAUUUGUUUUUCAGGAAACUUGUCCCAUUACAAUCUUAAGCUUUCAAAGCGUCAGAAACUGCAAUGUUAAUACUUGAAGUGAAGUAAAUAAUGUUCAGCCAUUAAAUGGGAAAGAAUACAUUCAGUCAUGGUUUUUGACAAAACGUUACACGUAACUAGGCAUUGCCGUGCACAGAAAUUUUGGGGCCUGUCAAACGACUUUUACGGGUCCCCCUCCAUAUUGUUUAACUCUAUAUUUCACCGCUCAUUUUUAAAAUAUUGGGUCCCCUUCAGGCUCGGGCCAACAGAUGUCCCUUAUCCCCCUCCCCCUGUGCACGCUCCUGUAACCAGGCAUCUAUGCGACAUAUAGAAAUUAUUGGACGCUGAUGGACCUUCAAUGUCUAAUGUAUUCUACAUAGUUUCCAAUUUCCUGCAAUAUGAAAUGCAAUUUGAGUAAAUGAUUAGUUCAAAAAACCUUAUUUAUGCGAUUAGAAACAACAUUUCUCUUAGCUUGAAAAGUUCCCCCAGCACUUUAUAAGUUAAAUAUUGUGUACUUGACCUUAAUUAAUUCACGACAAAAGUAUCUUCGCCACCUAUGCAAUGCACUAAUAUAACAUGUACAUUAUUUAUGAACAAAGUUGUUAUUUAUGUACACUACUUAUAAUCUAUCACAUGAAACUAUGGUUUGCAUGAAAUAUAAUUAUGAAGAUAGAAAAAGUUCUACAUGAAGCUAUAUUUUGCAUUUUAGAAGUUUUAACUAACAGUCAGUAGAUUUACAAAUUAGUAGUUUUCUUACUUGUGAAUACUCAUUGCUCAUUUAAUUCCAAUACAAGCAAAUGAAAUAAGCAAUAAACUAAAAUAACUGAGAUAUGUGUUUGGAAAUUCUAAACAUUUUUAUUUCAUUUCAAAGUAUGUCAGCUUUUGAUAAUAAAAAAAAAUUAUCAAUGAGAAUAUAAUUUAUGAUUUUUUUUACUUAAGUAUCAUCUUUUUAUUAAAUGUAUGUUGUGGAUUUUUUGGAUGCUCCAUAGUUAAAGCAAACUAACAUCACUCAUCAAUUCUGCACUAAAUUUGGAAAGUUUUCAAAAGUAAAAUACUUCAAACACUUAAUAAUACUUACUCUAGAUUAUGAAAUUAAGUAAAGUAAAAAUUUUAAUAACUCCCACAAUCAACUAAAAUUUAAUACUCUCUGUGACGUUAUAAAGUUCUUUUUUGUUGUUGUUUUUUUCAAACAUUGAUAGUUCUAAAUAGAGUACAGUGGAGUCUCGAAAGUUUGAGGUUCCGCUUAAUUAGAGGUGCUUACUUUAUAUAUUCAGUUACAUUUUUUAGUCCAAAAAGAAAUAUUUUCAUUAAAAUCUGAAACGAGAAAUCUUUCACGACUGUCUAACUCAUUUAUUACACAAUGUAAAUAAUAAAAAAUGCAUUGAGAGGCUAGUUUUAACAACACUCCUUAAUUGACAUGAAAUAUUCAUCGACUACUAAAUAUGGAUUAAAAGAUGACUUGGAAAUAAUAACUUGAUAAGUAAAAUUUACAUUAAUUAGCUACAAAGAAUGUAGAUAAACGUGCCUUUUGGAACACCCAAUUGGACUAAAAAAAGAAGACUCACAACUUGACGCUGCACGAGUCGAAUAUACGAAAUUUUAAACCUUACAACUAACUGUUUUUGUGUCAUGCAACAGAUAUACAAGCACAUAGAUAUAGAUGUUAUGACAAAACUCAUCAAAAUGGAGUUGGGAACUCUCAAAAUGCACACUUGGUUGCAUACAAAUUUGUACACAUAAAUAGGUACACAGACAAGGGUGCCCAUAUGCAAAACUUUAAGGGGGGCUCAGAUAUUUUCCUCGUGGUUUAGCAGAUUUUCCCCAUAAAAACCGAUUUCAGUACAGAUUAGAGUUAUUAAAAUUCGACAUUUUUUAAUAACUUAUUCAUUAAUUGCUGGAGAGGAAAUGUUUUUGCAUUUUUGCAAAGAAAAAAGUACUAAAAGCAAGGAAGUUCUCAUUUCAAAGGGGGGGCUUGAGCCCCCACUGCCCCCCCCCACUCCCAUAUAGGUGCUCUUGUACACAGACAUCAUUAAAAUUUUUACAAAUUCGUUUAGAGGUAAUUAAAAGCGAAAUUUAUUCUGAAAUUUCAGUGAUAAUAUUUUUCGUGAAGAUUACUUCCUUUUCUUUAGACAAGGAAGUAAAUUAUGCUCCUCCUUAGGUCAUCAAAAAUUCUAAAAUUUUAUCUCGAAGGAUUUUCCAGAUAAUCCGAAUUUUCAGUAAUCCAAGUUGAGGUGAGCCCCAAUUACCUGAGAUUUUUGAGACUCCACCGUAGAAUAUUUUAAAUACUUUUCAGAAAUUGUGUGAUUUUGUAAGAACAAAUGAAGAAAACAAGAUUGGUGUUACCUAAAAAUAAAUAAUGCAGACACUAUAGGAGCAUUCAAGUAAAUCUCAUGAAUUGACUAGUUUAUGUUUUUAUACACUUUUGUAACAAUGAAAUAUGACAAAGAUGACUUUCAUACUGGCCCAGUUGAUCUGGAAUUUUGUAACUCCCGAUAUUGUAUAUGUUUUUAGGGCUCUUGUAUUAGCAAGAUUUGUAACAAUUAUAAAAAAUAUUUGUACUUGCUCGCGAACAAUAUAAAUUUGUACAAAACUUAUAAUCGUUUUACCUUAUUGUUUUAACUUAUGUUUAAAUGUAAAAAAUAAAAAUAGAAAUAAAUUCAAUAAAAUAACGAAGAGUAUUCAA